CUGCAGUGGGUGGAGUUUUGACCCACCAUGGCCGCCACCAGCAGGAGCAAUCAUUGCAGCCACUCCAAACCGCAGUUCAGCUUCCUUUUUGCAGGGAAGAAAAUGCCUUUAAAAUUAUUCUGGGCUUUCGCUCUUGUUAUUUUUACCAUCAGCCGGUGUUUUGCAGACGAUGACCACGAAAUGGAGGAGUUCCUGAAGCGGGAGUUUUCUCUUUCCAAGCCUUACCAAGGUGUGGGAUCUUCAGGCUCCUCCCACUGGGAGCUGAUGGGGGAUGCCAUGGUAACCACCGAGCAGGUGCGCCUCACACCUGACAUGCAGAGCAGGCAGGGGGCGGUAUGGAGCCGCAUACCGUGUCAUCUUAAGGACUGGGAGAUGCAGGUGCACUUUAAGAUCCAUGGUCAAGGAAAGAAGAACCUGAAUGGUGACGGGAUGGCCAUUUGGUACACUAAGGAGCGUAUGCAGAAAGGUCCUGUAUUUGGAAAUAUGGACAACUUCACCGGCUUGGGUGUUUUUGUGGACACGUAUCCCAACGAGGAGAAGCACAUAGAGGCGCAGAAGAAGAGAUACACUCCUCGCACACAGAGGAUCUUCCCCUUCGUUUUGGCCAUGGUGGGAAAUGGCAGCGUCAGCUAUGACCACGAGCGGGACGGUCGGCCCACUGAGCUGGGCGGCUGCAACGCCAUGGUGCGAAACCUCAAACACGACACCUUUCUCUUCAUCCGAUACAUCCGCCGCAGGCUCACGGUGAUGAUAGAUAUCGACGGGCAGCAUGAGUGGAGGGACUGCCUGGAUAUUCCCGGGGUGCGGCUGCCACAAGGUUAUUAUUUUGGAGCUACUGCAAUCACUGGAGAUCUCUCAGAUAACCAUGAUGUCAUUUCACUGAAACUCUACCAACUGACGGUGUUGCGGAGUAAAAAGGAAGAAGAGGAGGAGGAAGAGGAAAUAACUAUACCCAGUGUAGACAACAUGGAGCUGCUCAGAUUGGGUCAGACUGAAGAGGGGAUGAGUGGAAUAGCCAUUUUCUUCACCGCGCUCUUCUCCAUGCUGGGCUGCGUGUUCCUCAUCGUCAUCGGCCUGGUGGUCUACAGCCACUGGAACGAGAGCCGACGCAAACGCUUCUACUGAGGAGAGUGAGAAAAGGAGGCGGCGACUGUGAAGAUAACUGCGGUCCGAGGACCCAACUGCACUGAGACGGAAGUGAGACGCUGCCGGUGGAUCUGCCGCUUCGACAUUAAACUGACAGGAGGCGGAUUAGAUGAAUCCUCUGUUACUAAAAGCCAUCCUCCAACUUUGCCAUCGGUGGACGUGAACCAUUCGGAGGACUUUGUUUGUACCCUUUGUGCGCAACUCCUGCCUGGCACACACCAUCUGGGCCUUACCAUCUCCACCUGUGUACCUGUUGCACAGCAGUAUCUUCCACAACUUCUUAUGAGCAGCUCCAGUUUAUUUUUGUUGCCUUUUGCUGCAUUUGACAGAUAUAAGACUUUACAUUGUUUUCACAUGUUCAGUGCACUGAUAUUGAUUUUAUGGCUUUGAAAAGUUUUAAUAUACAACUAUCUGAUGUGUUUCUGCUUGUGAUUCAUUGACCGCCUGCAGUACAAAGCGCUUACCAAAUCACUCAUCUUUGAAAUCUGCUCAAUCAUGUGGACUCUGUGGAUACGAUAUGAUGUACUGUAAGUUCUUAUUCUGUAGUUGCUGUAGUGUGCAUGACAUUCGCUAGAGUACUUUCUUUAAUUGAAUUGAAGGCUACUGCUGUUCUUUGUUUACAUCAUAAGUGACCAUUUAAUGCGGUGAUGUAAACUGACCUCUUCCUCACUGAUGCAUGUGCUGAUGGCAAAACUGUGGGUGUUUCAGGGAAAUAUUUAAUUGUAAUUAUUCUAGAAUUUUAUUUAUAUUCGAUCACUGUUCCUUCCUCUGAGUGUUUGUGCACAUUUGAUAAAACGAUUACAAAUUUCCUGGUCGGUUCAGAGCAGUUUCCUCUGAAUAUAUUUCUAACAGGUACAUUUGUGAAUCUUUACAAUAAAGCGAGACCUGAGAGAGAUUAAAAGAAUUUAUAAUCCGUA